GCCAGAGACACUUUUAUUUGUGUUGUCGUCAAGAAGCGUACUGUAUCUUGAAAUAUACCUCGGUCUCUGUCCGCCCAUGGGGUCAAAGAAGAAGAAGUCGAAAGCAGCUCCCAUGCCCAAGCCAGAAAACCCGGCGCCAGAAGUCGACAAUGACGAAUUACUCGACGAUCUCAUGGCUCAGAUCGACGAAGGGAAUACUUCUCAGCAAGUAGCCGCAACAGUCGUCGAGCAGGUCCAGCUCAACAAGGCCGACGAAAUCGAGGCAGCGGCUGGAAAGAAGGACAGUAGGGCCCGCUUCGAGGCACGCAAGGUUCGCCCCCGUCUGCUAUGAAGCUCCGGAAGAGAUCGAAGCUCAUGGCUGUCAUGACUGAGCAGCUCCGCAAGGCUGCAGAACAUGCAGCACGCUUCACUCAUGACGACAGGGAAGCGGACGCGCGAAUCGAGCAGGAGGCCCGUCAUGAAGAAAAGGUCAUCAAAGCCGUAUGUGAUGAUUUAGGGCUAAUAAUGUACGAGAUCAACCCCGACGGACAUUGUCUGUAUGCUGCUAUAGCAGACCAACUACGCAUUCUCAACAUACUUCCUCCUGCUGUUGCUCACUAUGGCACGACACGUGCAGCGGCUGCCGCAUAUAUGUUUUCUCAUCCAGACGCAUUUCUGCCCUUCCUUCCUAGUACUGAAGGUGAAGACGGUGUGGGUGCUGGAAAUGCAGGAUUGAUGAGUCCACGCCAAUUCCACAGCUACUGCGAAAACGUACGCUCUUCCGGAAUGUGGGGCGGCGAGCCGGAAAUCUUGGCUCUAAGCCGUGCUUACCGUGUGCCUAUUCAUGUCGUUCAGUCAGGUACUCCGCCAAUCGUUGUCCAUGACCCUGAUGGUGUAGAUGGCGCUUCACUGGAUGAUAAACGUGUCGUACGCAUUAGCUAUCACAGGCGGAUGUACGGACUCGGCGAGCAUUACAAUUCGCUAAGGCCGAAGUCCCUAACACAACAGAUAAAGUCCAUUUUUGAGUGAUUGGAUUGCUCCGGCUUCCGCUUUGCAUUAUCGCUUUCAUCUGUAGCUGGUUUCCUCGUAUCAGUGGGAUGCUGUCUUGUUGAGGUUGAAACCUUGUCAUAAUUUUCGUGUCAUCUAAGAUACCUUUAUCUUUGUCUCCGUUAGGCAGUUUGGCUAUUCACGCUCACCCUGAAGUACUAAUUUUCAUCGAUGUGCAAUUUGCAUUCUUUUCAAGAUCCUUUAUAAUUUGUAGCAAUAAUUCUUCCAGAGUAUGAGUAAAGAAUCUGUCCUGUGCCUGUAUAUCUUCAGUGCUCUGAGGCAAG